GCCCCUCUCCUCUGUUUGUGAAGGCGGGGUGCAUCAGCCGGCCCGACGUGCAUGGUGUUUCUGCUCUAAAAGCAAAUCCCCCCACAAAAAAACUGACAAGAAGCUUCAUCUGAGUGCAAGUGUGACCAUUUCCCAUUUCCCGACAGUAGCCCUCCCGAAGGCUCUCAACUCAGACAUCUUUCCUUGUGCGCUUUGCAAACGCAGAAGACCACCGACCCCCUUCUUAUGAGCUCCGAGACCAUGCAAAGCCAGAAUCCGCAGAGAGAGCUGCACUGAGAGCCUGCUGCUUCGGACAGACCAGGGGAAACUUUUCUUCCUGGCUUGUGCACGGUGAACUGUGACCGCUGAGAUUUUUUUUUUUACUCUCUUUUUUUUUUUUUUUUGGUCCACGCUGCCUCUGACUUUAUUUCUAGGUGGCUGGGCAGUGUGUGUGUGUGUGUGUGUGUGUGUUUGUGGCACCUCCCCGCUCCCCACUCCUUCUCAGAUCUCCACCUUGUAGCUUGCAGGCUUCACCAUGGACUUCUCCUGCACCUCUCGGUUACUAUUAAACUAAGAGCCCGAGGUUUUUCCACUAGCCGACUUUCCCUUCCACCGUGCGUCAUGCCGCGACAUCUGAAGCGCCAACCGGUUCCGCUGCAGGACCGCACAGUCUGUUUGUAAGUGGAUCUAUUUGUCUUUUUUAAUUCAAGAGAGAGGUGGGCAUGCUCUCCUCGCCUCUGGGAAACACUUCCAGCGAGAAAAAGUGAGCGGCGGCGACAAGGAGGAGCAGGGAGCGCCUGGCGCAGAGACUGAGACUUAGAGCCUAUAGUUGUAGAUGUUCGACCAGGCGACGCCGAUGGGCGAUGGGAGCCACCGCUGCGGCCCCAACCCGCUGUGUCCGGACAGGAUGGACACCAAGUGCCGCAGCGAGAUCGGGAGCAGGUCCCCGGUGCAGAGCUCCACGGACACCCCGGGGACAUCCGCGUCCACGCCGACGUCUUCCAGCGAGGACGGACACGACAAACUUUUGGGAGUGGACCCUGACUACUGUCGGAGGAUCCUAGUGAGGGACGCCAAAGGCACCAUCCGGGAGAUCGUCCUGCCCAAGGGCCUGGACCUGGACCGGCCCAAGCGCACCCGGACCUCCUUCACGGCCGAGCAGCUGUACCGGCUGGAGCUGGAGUUCCAGCGGUGCCAGUACGUGGUGGGGCGGGAGCGCACGGAGCUGGCGCGACAGCUCAACCUCUCAGAAACACAGGUCAAGGUGUGGUUCCAAAACCGCCGGACCAAACAGAAGAAGGACACCACCAAGGAUUCAGAUAAGCGCUCCUCCUCCACGUCUGAGUCUUUGGCCACCUGCAACAUCCUUCGCCUCCUGGAGCAGGGCCGCCUCCUGUCGGCCCCCGGCCCACCACCUAACUCCCUCCUCGGGCCCCCGACUCACCCAAACGGAUCCCUGCUCAGCAGUCCGGGUGGAGGCUCCUCCAACUCUCCUGGGAUCAGCAGCGGCACUCCCCCCAGCUCCCUCUCAGGAGGGACGUUCGGCCUCUCCCUGCCCUCUUUGGGGGGCACCCCGCCGUCACCGAGGCUGGGCGUCCCACCGCCGCACUCCCUCUGCUUCUCCAUGCCGCUGCUGGGGGGCCCCCAUCAUGAACUGACGUCCAGCUACGGCUGCGGCUCCUCGGCGUUUGAGCCGUACAUGCGGCUGGACAGGAAGGAGGCAGAUCUGGGUGGGAAGAAGACAGUCUCCUAGGUAGCAGGGCCCUGUUUUAGGGACGAGAGGAGACUGGGACUUAAGAGCUUUCCUCUCAGUCUCGUGAGCGGCUGCAGACAGGAGCAGAAAGCACCUCGGAUAAUGAAAAACAUUAAAACGGAAGUGACAGGGUUGCUUUCUAGUGCUUUUUUUGCAGCAGUAACACAAAGUUGUAAAAAAAUGACUUGAUGGAAGGUGAUGAUUCCACUUUUCCACGUAAAAAAACAAACUGCUAUUUUUCUUCAGGCAGAAGUGCCGUGCGUGUUUAUUUCAAACGGAUGUUUUCAUCGCCACUCUCUUUACAGUGGUUGUACAUGACUUCACUUUCUGUCCAGUGAGCUUGUAUUAGUGACUUUUUUUCUUUCUAUACAGGCCUGCAUUUGCUGUUCAGGAAAAAAAAAGAAAAAAAAAGAUACUUGACAUCAAUAUUGUCUGAAUGAGAAAAAUGGUCUUUCAAUGAGAGCAGUAUGUACACAUUUCUAUUCCUGUUCAAGUGGCCAUGAUUGAUUUUAGUUCAUGUGCUAUCACGAUAGAAAGAAACCCUUAAAAAAAAGAAGAAAAAGAUUGUAGCAUUUUAUUAUCAGUCUGUUUGGUGUCCAGUCGUAGUUUUUGUAAAACCUUUAUUUGGUUGUGUUUGUGUAUGAAACAGUGUGUGGUAGGAUCUGGACACACAGUGCAAACUCACAUAUCUAGAUCUGACGGUUGAAUACGAAAUGACCAGAAAAGAACGAUCAGUAAAGAAAGCGCAAGGAAGCCGGUAAGUGUUUGCCAAAGUGUUUACGGAUAAAGCUCUGGAGGUGCCACGCUCGUGCCCCUUCCAAUCAGCGAAGCAAGCUGAGAGAGGCGACCUCUGAACCCAGAUUAACUUAGAUUCACAGAUGUCUCAGCGCUGAGAGAGACUCUAAAUCAGAUUCGGAGAGAGUUUGCGGACACACACAUUAUAAAUCUUCCUGAAGCUCAAACUCAACCCAGAGAUUUCUUUUCUGUCUUGUUUGGAGUCCGGCUGCAACUGUAGCCGAUGGAUCCAAAGAAAGCUACUCUACGACAUUUAAGAUUAUUUUUUUUUUACUUCAUUGCUUUCCUUUUUCAUGUUUUGUUUUUUUCGUAUUUGUUUUCUUAUUUUUAUUUUAGCACUUCAAGGACUCAAAGAUUAAUUGAGAAAAGUAUCUUCCAGCAGUUAGGUGACUACAGACGUUGUGUGUUAUAGUCCAGGUUGCGGUGCAGAAUUAUUUGACAUUUGUCCAUUUAGUUUAGAUUUUUGUUUCAUUUGUUCCAUAUUUUCCAGUUUGUGCUGAUCCACCAGGUCGUCAUAUCCACCUCAUAUCCACCUUUUUCACACCUAUUUCAGACGCGAUAAGCUGAGGCAUGACACAGGCGUUUUAACGUCUCAGUUUUCUUGAACUCGUUUCCUCUUUUUCCGCAAUGACACUUGGCUCCAGCGGCUUGGCCUUUCUGUUAUGAAAGGAUUUUAUCUGAUUGCCCUUCAUUGAAAGCACUUUAUGUUUGUUUUGUUUUUUUUUCCACAUCCUUGAAUCUCACUUUUCAACUUUUGAAGUCAUUUAUUGAAAACCCCAGAAAAAAAAGAAAGGAAAACACCCCCAACCUUCACAGUUUUGCUAUCAGUUUAUAUUCUUUUUUUUGUUUUUCUGAUUUUAAAAUUGAGGUCCCUCACUUAAUGAUAACUUUUGCAAUUUUCUAUCAAAUAUAAUUUUUUAGUCUAUGGAUUUGAAGCUGAAUUGACCUUCAUGUGUUCAGAUUUACUGUGCUUUCGUAACAUUUAUGCUGGACAAGGAAGAGGAGGGAACUGAAAGCAUCAGAUGUUUUAUUUGUGUCUUCUACAUGAGAUGCUGUUUGUCCAGGUUUCUUUGUUGUUCACGGAAAGGCAAAAAUCACCUGCGAGAACCUGCAAUUUUCUACAGUUUACCCUCAAUUUGUGUGUGUCAAAUGGGUUAUCGCCCUCUUUUCACUCUCCCGUCUCUCGUCUGUUUUCCCAUGGAUCUUUUCAUUUUGUCUGACUGCAAGGUUUUUUUUAUUUAUUUUUUUUACAUUUUAUUUCCUCAGAUGUGGCUCAAUGUGUAUUUAAAGAAAAGAAGAAGAAAAAAAGAACGGACACUGCCAUGACAUCAAUUUACAAUUGCGGUUACAAGUGAAGGCCGGGGUACUUUGCUCGGGCUGGCGUGUUCCCAGGUGCAGAUGCAUUUCCCAGCGAGCACGAGGAAAGGCAUUGACCUCAGUCUGUCAGCUCGCUGGGCCUUUUUGCACCCAUGUAUCAGCAGCUUGUACCUGAUAAUUUCCUGUUGUAGUAUUCAGACUUCAGCAAUGCUGCAAAAACCCUGCUCACAGCUCUCUGCAGUAGUACACCUGUGCUCUUGUCGAACACUAUUAUUUCCUAUAAGCACCAUCCAUAAUUCACAUGCUCUGGCAUCAAAUAUUGAGUGCAGAAAUGGAGCUGAGAGGUCAUGGGGCCAGCUUCUCGUGUCAGGCUGCUGCACUCGUUCACAAAUGAUUUGUCUUUACUCACUACUGCAUUGUCUCAUUUAACUGCUGUGUAAACAGUCCCUGCUCUGGUUUUAUAUUUUUCAUGGUAUUACUUUUUGUCGUGCAUCUGUGACUUUUGGUGCACAAAACGGCCGAUACAGAAGCUCUUGAUUAGUAAAAACUGCUCGUUUUUAGUUAUUUCUCACCCGCUGUGACAUAAAAGGAGCAUAAUAUAUUAAAGAAACAGGCUAAGUCUACUCACGCUUCAUAUUUCUCUUGAGAUCCAGCACCAACUCCUUUUUUCUGGCACUGCUCAGCUGUGUUUUGUAAUGAAAAUCUGCAGUUACUGUUUUGUGCACUCAGCUAAGCAGAAGGAGGAUUCUGUUUUUUCCAGCAGGAGUGCAAAAAGAGAGAAGAAGCAAUGUAAAGCUUUGCAUAAGAUGGUGCAGAAACACCAGUAAGCUGGAUGAAUAUCCACGUGACUGUCAUGACUUUAACUGACGUUAAAAAGUUUGAUUUUUGGUUCCGUUGAUAAACUUCCUCUUUAGAUGGUCUCUUCUCUUUCCAACUGUGUGAAAGUUGUUCUUUUUUUGUUGUUGUAAGAGAUCUGUGACACCUUGCACUUGUUGAGGUUGUACCACUAUUUGAAAAACACCACAGGCCUCCUUUUUCGCUCCCACUGCGUCAUGAUUUUUUUCUUGUUUGUGUGAACAUCUUCCUUUGUUUCCUCUUGGUUUACAGUCUUCGUUAUGCACAGCCAAGGUCCUGCAGAGGCCCUAACGUCUUUCUUUGAGCAGUAAAACGUAAUGUCAAGUUAAUAGCACCAGCUUAUACUUACAAUGAACAAACUCUAUGUACAUAGAUAUGAAUUUAUAUAAAUAUAUAUAUAAAUGGGUCUUUGCACAUGUUAUCUCAAUGUCUGUUCCAUGUGAGUUUAAGAGGAAGAAGCAAGAAAAAAAACAAAACAAAAAAAAACUAAAUGUGAAAGAAAGUUCAGAAAAAAAAGACUUUAUAUAUGCUUUACAAUUCUUUGUCUCAUUAACAUUUUGCACUUAUUUAAAGAGGCUUACUUCAGUUU